AUGGGUUACAACGCCAGGGACGAGUACCUCUACGCGGUCAGCCAGGACAGCGACGACUACAAGGUCAUCCGCAUUCUCGCCAACGGCACAGCGCAGGACGUCGCCCCGAUUAAGAAACUCACUGCGAAUCUGUUCAACUCGGGAGACGUCGACGAGAACGGCCAGUAUUGGAUCUCGACAGGCGGUCUGGAUUGGUACCAGUACAACCUGAAUCCAGGCACGGCUGGUUACGGCACCCUCGUCGGCAGCGGAACCCUCGCCGGCACGGGCGGUUACACGAUCGGCGACUGGACAGUCGUCCCCGGAGCCGGCGGUGGCGAUCUAUGGUCCCUCGGUGUGAGCGCGAAGAGCGCGUUCCUCCUGCGCUGGAACAAGACCACCAAGGUCUUCACGGUCGUUCGCGAGCUCGGCAACCUGACGGGCGCCUCCGGAACGACAGUUCCCUUCUGGGGUGCCUCCUACGCGACCAACGACGGCUUCCUCUUCGCCGUCGAGAACGGAAGUGGCCAGAUCUGGCGUAUUUCCGUGGCCGGCACCGUUCCCAACCUCAGACUGAACGACGCUCCGGUCAGUAGUCAAAACGACGGUGCGAGGUGCCUGGACUCGGGCGCCAUCAUUGUCAGCUCCUGA